ACCCGGAGAGAGUAAAAGAGAUAUAGAGAGAGAUGACGGACGGCAAGGAUGCUAUGCAGAUAGCGGCGGCGCAGGCGCCGGUGACGGCGGAGAGGAGGGUCAGGGAAGACCUGGAGGAGUCCCUCCCUAAGCCCUACAUGGCUAGAGCACUAGCAGCACCCGAUGCGAAUCAUCCUGAAGGCACCAAGGAUCAUAUGCAUCACAAUAUGAGUGUACUUCAGCAACAUGUUGCCUUCUUUGAUCUCGAUGAUAAUGGCAUUGUGUACCCUUGGGAAACUUACUCAGCAUCAAGAGCGAUUGGGUUCAAUGUGAUAAUAUCUUUACUCAUGGCCAUUGUUAUAAAUGGAGCUAUGAGUUAUCCAACUCUCCCAGGAUGGAUACCUUCUCCCUUCUUUCCCAUUUACGUUCAUAACAUCCACAAGGCCAAGCAUGGCAGCGACACUGGGACUUAUGACCCUGAGGGCAGGUUCCUUCCAGCUAAUUUCGAGAACGUCUUCAGCAAAUACGCGUGCACGGUCCCUGAGAAGCUCACCUUCGCAGAGAUGUGGAAGAUGACGGAAGGCAACCGAGUGGCUUUUGACUUCUUCGGAUGGGCUGCAGCGAAACUGGAGUGGAUAAUCCUGUACAUACUUGCCAGAGACGAGGAUGGUUUCCUGUCCAAGGAGGCUAUCAGGCGUUGCUUUGAUGGGAGCUUGUUCGAGUAUUGCGCCAAGCAGCGGGAAUCGAAUGAUAAGAGAUCCUAAACUUUUGACUGCUGGAAUCCUUGGCUAUGUGUUUUGUUGCAUUUAGACAGUCAGACUUGUCAGUUCUCGUGCUAUAAAGUCUGCCGUCUCUGGUGCGGUCUUGGCAGUGGAACAAUGGUUGGUUUUCUUUGGCUGCAACAGAGGCCAGAUAUUGUGGAGUUUUUCUUCUGUUCUGUGUGUGUGUGUGUGUGUGUGUGUGUUUUGCUGGAGACCGACCAUCUCUGUACUCAUUGUGAAUCCCAUUUCAUUGAAGACUGUAGUUCUGUUCUCUUCGUGGACUUCUCUGUGGUGCAGGAGACCCAUCUUACUCUAUGGUAAUUAAGAUUAUCAUCUGGGAUUUGAAUGGCGAAGGGUCAAAAAAGAGAACUUUUGAGAAAAGAAAGUAGGACAAAGAAGGGUAGUGACGGGCUGUUGCGUUUCCUCGAGGAAAUCCCUGGAAAAGGUGUGAAAGAUCCAUGGAAAUUUUUAGGUAGGAAAUGAUGGAAACGGUUGCUGCAUUAAAAGAUUAUGAAACUACGUAAAUAUUUAUGCGACAUCAUGAUGUGUGAAUCUCUUACCACUUCUCGCAUCCAAUUACUUGGACAGGUGGAGAUUUAAUUUUUUUUAAGCUUUAAGUGGAAUAUUUUUGAAGUCCAUGUUUGUGUCUCUUACCAUUUUACUCUUUUCUUAACCAUUUCUCUUCUCUUGCAUUAGCUUCAGUCAAAAGGCUUUGAAAAUUCAAAAACUUUAAAUUACUAAUGCAUAAAACUAUAAUUUUGAAAUCAGAAACCUCUAUACAGCUAUGUGUUUCUCAAACCCAAAAUCGAAUCGACUACUUUUUAUUCUUAAUAUUUCAAAAAGUAAGAAGGAAAUCUUGGUGAAAAGAAGGAAAACAUAACUGGCCUUCUCAUUCUCAAAAAUACCACCCCUGCAAAUCCAUUGAAGUAAAUAACAGAAUGUUUCCUUCAGAUAUUUCCCAGUUAUAGCCACUAGGCAGCAACAUAUUCUGCCCUUCUAGGGGCAGCAAAUCAUAGGUAGGAUGCAGAGACAGUUGGAAAAAUUCGGAUUAAUCUACAUAUUAUUUUAUACUUUUAUUAAGAACACUAAUGGCCAAAAAAUGGCCACUUUGAUAAUUCAGACAAUCCUAGAGAAACUCACAGGCUACUUAAAAUUUGGUGGUGCAAACUGCUGAAUAAGUAAAUGCCAUUUGUUUCAGGAAUCUAAUUGUCCACUACUUUUCAGAAUAUAAAAAGAAAACAAA